UAGAGUAGGGUUGGUAAAAAGGAAUGUUUUGUGCAACCCUGGCAACCCUGAUAUACAGGCCAUUUUGUUGUGGUGUUUGGGGGAAAAUUAGCCGUUAACUAUGAACACUGUGCGCUUUCUCCUGGAUUCCGUGUGCUCUCUCUGUCAGAUACCGAGCCAGAACGCCACAUAAGGUUUGGACGUGUGCGACCGGCGGCUGUUUGUAAUUAUUUACCCUGUUUACAGCUUUGUUUUUACCUACUUAGCUAGCUGCCGUGCUAACUCAGCUAGCAGGCUAACUUGAGCUGGAGUUCCUCUCGGCUUCAACUUUGUCAGUGAAAGGCUUGGAGCGCUUCCUGCCGUAAACACACCGAAGCGCGUUCAAGGACUGAAGAAGGCGAACCGUUCUCAGUGAGAAAAACACAACAGUGACGCGUCGCUUUAGUCAGAGGAAAGAGAAAAGAGAAAGUUGUGUAAAUGAUGGCAGAGGAGUCCCGACAGAGCAGGAGCGCGGGUUUCUCAGCUCUGGUUGAAAACAGCAAUGGAGUGAGUAAAAGCCCGAGCUCCAAAUCCGGCACCUCAAAGAAGCUGGUGAUUAAAAACUUCAAAGACAGACCCAAGCUGACGGAAACCUACACCGAGGACACGUGGCUGAAGUUGCGCGAUGCCGUCGGCGCGAUCCAGAACAGCACAUCAAUCAAAUACAACUUGGAGGAGCUUUAUCAGGCAGUGGAAAAUCUUUGCUCUUAUAAGGUCUCGCCCAUGUUAUACAAACAACUCCGGCAAGUGUGUGAGGAUCACGUGCGAGCACAGAUCCACCAGUUUAGAGAAGACUCCCUGGACAGUCUGUCUUUUCUGAAGAGGAUGAACAGAUGCUGGCAAGACCAUUGCAGACAAACAAUCAUGAUCCGUAGCAUUUUCCUCUUCCUUGAUCGCACGUACGUCCUCCAGAACUCCCUUCUUCCGUCCAUAUGGGACACAGGGCUGGAGCUGUUUCGCACACACAUAGUGGGUGACGGUGCAGUCCAGAGUCGUACAGUAGAGGGAAUUUUGGAGCAAAUUGAACGAGAGAGGAACGGCGAGACUGUGGAUCGGAGUCUCCUGCGUAGCUUACUAGGCAUGCUCUCAGACCUACAGGUGUAUAAGGAGUCUUUCGAAAACAGGUUUCUGGUUGAGACGGAUCGCUUGUACGCAGCUGAGGGCCAGAGACUGAUGUUAGACAGAGAUGUACCUGAAUACCUGCACCAUGUAGCACGGCGCCUAGACGAGGAGAACGAUCGUGUCAUCAGUUACCUAGAUCAGAGCACUCAGAAGCCCCUGAUCUCUGCAGUAGAGAAGCAGCUUCUGGGUGAACACAUGACUGCCAUUUUACAGAAGGGUCUCAGCACGCUGUUGGAUGAGAACCGUGUGACUGAGCUGACUCUGCUGUACCAGCUCUUCAGCAAAGUGAAGGGUGGCCUGCCUGUAUUACUGCAGUUCUGGAGAGAGUACAUCAAGAGCUUUGGUGGUGAGAUUGCUGGCUCUCCUGAGAAAGAUAAGGACAUGGUGCAGGAGCUGCUGGAUUUUAAGGAUAAAAUGGACAACGUAGCACACACCUGCUUCCAGAGGAACGAGGGCUUCAUCAAUGCCAUGAAGGAGGCCUUCGAGAGCUUCAUUAACAAGAGACCCAACAAACCAGCGGAGCUUAUUGCCAAAUAUGUAGACUCCAAACUACGUGCCGGUAACAAAGAGGCCACAGAAGAGGAGCUGGAGAGAAUCCUCGACAAGAUCAUGAUUAUCUUCCGCUUUAUCCACGGUAAAGACGUGUUUGAAGCGUUCUACAAAAAAGACCUAGCGAAGCGCUUGCUGGUGGGCAAAAGUGCCUCUGUGGAUGCCGAGAAAUCCAUGCUGUCCAAACUCAAGCAUGAGUGUGGGGCAGCGUUCACCAGCAAGCUCGAGGGCAUGUUCAAAGAUAUGGAACUCUCCAAAGACAUUAUGAUCCAGUUCAAACAGUACAUGCAGAAUCAGAGUGAACCCAGCAACAUCGAUCUGACCGUCAACAUCCUCACCAUGGGCUACUGGCCAACCUACACCCCCAUGGAUGUCCAUCUGCCCUCUGAGAUGGUAAAACUUCAGGAGGUGUUCAAAACGUUCUAUCUCGGGAAGCACAGUGGGCGAAAGCUUCAGUGGCAGCCCACGCUGGGCCAUGCGGUGCUUAAAUCUGAGUUUAAAGAGGGUAAAAAGGAGCUGCAGGUAUCUUUAUUCCAGACACUUGUUCUGCUCAUGUUUAAUGAAGGGGAGGAGUUUGCACUAGAAGAGAUCCAAACAGCUACAGGAAUAGAGGAGAGUGAGCUGAGACGCACGCUGCAGUCGCUGGCAUGCGGGAAAGCUCGCGUACUUAAUAAAAAUCCCAGAGGGAAAGACGUGGAGGACGGAGACCGCUUCAACUUCAACAACGACUUCAAACAUAAACUGUUCCGCAUUAAGAUCAACCAAAUUCAGAUGAAGGAGACGGUAGAGGAGCAGGUGAGCACCACAGAGCGGGUCUUCCAGGACAGGCAGUACCAGAUAGAUGCCGCAGUGGUGAGGAUCAUGAAGAUGAGGAAGACUCUCAGCCACAAUCUUCUGGUGUCAGAACUCUACAACCAGCUCAAGUUUCCUGUGAAGCCAGGCGACCUGAAGAAGCGCAUCGAGUCCCUCAUUGAUCGAGACUACAUGGAGAGAGACAAGGAGAGCCCCAACCAGUAUCAUUACGUUGCCUGAGAUCCAGUCCGGAGGCGGAGGCACAGCCACUGAUCCGAGAUCUGCGCUUUACCCGGGCUGCGCGCCCCAGGACAACCUGUAACCCACCCUUUUGAGGACCCUGAUUAUGCCCACCAGUAGUGUGACCAGGGUUGGCAUGGGGCCUUACUGUACUUUAAAGCGGUGGUGUUAAAGUGUGACGUUAAAAGGAUCGCACGGGGAGAAUGAUCAGCUAAUGAUUUCCACAAACAAGCACUUUGUCUUCUCUCUUCUCUCUUUUCUUUUUUUUUGCUUUUUGUGGUCAGUCUUCUCUGUUGAUGUCUCCCACAUGCACUCAUACUUUAGUUACCCUUUUUUCUUUUUUUUUUCUUUUUUUUUUUGUUAGCUGUUCUGACUGCUGACUUUGCUAGAGAAUGGGGAGUGUGUUCGGUUAUGAAUGGCAGCAGGCUGUGUUAGCAUCAGGGUUUUUGACAAUUUUCACUCAGGCAAUGGAAAUGUUGAUAAACCAAGCAUUUUACUUGCAAAAGCUUCACUAACAUACAGAUACAAACAGCAAGAUUGGAUUCUAUGACAUGUUCUAUAGGUUUCAUGCACUGAAAAAGGCUAAAAUGAGUGACAAAAUAUAUGAAGACUCAACAAAGCACAUUUGUGUGUGUGUGUGUGUGCGUGUGUGUUGCGUGUGUGUUGCGUGUGGAUAUCUGUGUGCUAGAUUUUUUUUUUUUUUUUCCUCUUCUAAUUCACCACUAAAGAUAUUCUGACCAACA